AUGAGUAGAUUCAGCAGCAUCACGUUCUCUAUUCUUCUCUUCUGCUCUCUCGCGCGUGGCGAUCUCUUCUCGCGCGCCACGCGGGGCAGACACGAUGGCCGCGACAUCAGAAGCAGCGUCUACGACUUCAUCAUCGUGGGUGGUGGAACCGCUGGCUGUGUGCUGGCGAACAGACUGUCCGCUGUUCCGGAUUGGAAGAUUUUACUCCUGGAAGCUGGCGAAGAUGAGACCAUAGACUACGAUAUCCCGGCUGUCCCCACCAAGGACCACCGGCCGAUAGUCUGGAACUACAGGACUGAGAGGAACGGCUUCUCCUGUCUCUCUAGACCUGGAGGCAGCUGCGAGGUCAAGACCGGCAAGGUGCUCGGUGGCUCCAGCGUCACCAACGACAUGAAGUACACCAGAGGUUCCAAGAAGGACUAUGACGCGUGGCAUGACACCGGAGACAUAAAAUCAUUGGAUUGGAAGUUCGAGAAUUUGAUUGACUAUUUCAAAACUUCCGAAGAUAAUGGUGACUACGACGUUCUAAUGAACUCCUACUAUCAUUCCCGUGGAGGUGAGCUUCGUGUCCAGAGAUUCAAAUAUGUCGACAAAUACAUUGAGAUGUUCCUGAACGCUUUCGGAGAGAUGGGAUUUAAAAAUAUCGACAUUAACACGAAUGUACAAGAAGCUGCAGUAAAUAACCAAUUCACAAUUUAUAACAACACAAGACAGAGUACAAAUAGUGCCUUCUUGAAAACAGCUAGACAUAGGAAAAAUUUAACCGUAAAAACUGGUGCCACAGUCACAAAAAUUGUUAUAGACCCUCAAGAAAAGACGGUAGAAGGAGUUAUGUAUGAAAUUGAGAAAGGCAAAGAAAUACCAGCCUAUGUGAAAAGGGAAAUAAUUUUGACCGCUGGUGCUAUCAACAAUGUGCGUUUGUUGCAUUUAUCGGGCGUCGGGCCUGCUGAGGAUUUAAAGAAACAUAAUAUCACUACACUGGUAAAUCUUCCCGUUGGAUCAAGCUAUCAAGACCAGGUUACCAUUGGAGGUCUGGCGUUUUCGUUAAAUGAUGUGGCACCAGUUCAAGAGAAUACAAUAAUUGAAGAUUUCAAAUCUUGGUUUCAAUCGCGAACUGGACCUUUAGCUUCGAGGGGUAUAAAUCAAGUUUCAGCGUUUAUCCAGCUUUUUGAAAAUAAAAACGGCCCAGAUGUAGAAUUGACGUUAGAAGGAAAUUACAUAAGAAGUGAUAAGUUCAUGUUACACAAUAUUUCUGUCCAUAGUUCAGAAGAUAUCAGCAUGCCGCUUCCAUACUAUAAUUUGGUGUCGAUUAAACCAGUGCUAUUAAAACCUAAAAGCAAAGGUAGAGUUUUGUUAAAUAAGAAAAACCCUAAAUACGGAAGGCCACUUAUUCAAGCUAAUCUUCUGAAGGAACCUGAAGAUUUAACUGCUAUUGUCGAUAGUGUGGAUAUAGCAUUGCAACUCCUAAACACAAAAGAGUUAAAAAAGACUGACAUUAAGUUAGCUCCCCUAGAUCUGUUCCCCUGUGAUAGAGUACAGAAUAGAGACCAGUGGAACUGUAUAGCUAGACAUUACACUAAGGCUAUGAGUAAUCCUAUCGGAACCUGUCGAAUGGGUUCGAAUUCUACUAAUUCGGUUGUUAAUUAUGAUCUAAAACUUCAUGGCAUUGAAGGCAUCAGAAUAGCCGAUUCUUCUGUAAUGCCGACGCACGUAAGAGGCGGUAUAAUGGCACCGACGAUAAUGAUUGCGGAGAAAGCAGCGAAACUAUUAAUGAAAGACUGGAAAGAUAACAAGGGACAAUAUUAUAUAUAA